AUGACCAAUUCUCCCCCUCCGAGGAGGAGGAGCCAAUUUCUGUCGAAUCCUGAGAGCGGCCUACUAUCCAACUUUCUUUAUGAUGGUCGGAAUAAUGAGCUGAACCAUCAGAGUGCUCUCGCCGCCGCUCAGGCGGAGCACAAGCGCGUACGAGAAGCGGCCAUCCGGGUUUAUGAGCUCCAUGAGCUUCGAGAAGAACAUCAGCGGAUUCUAGAGUUAGAGCGCAAGGAGCAGGAGAGACUCAGAGCGGAGGCGGCCAUAGUUGAAGAAGAGCGGAGGCUUCGAGAACUCAAGGCCAAGACGGUGCCGAAACUUCCUCCCGAACCUGUGCCAGCGCCUCCCAAAAAGGUAGAGCCAACACCAGCUCCUCAGCCAGAGCCUCCGAAGCCCCAAGAGCCUGCCAAACAACCAAUUUCCGAAAUCAAACAACAACCGGCGGCAAAUGUAGCUGCUCCUCAAGUGAAUGGGUUUUUGGGAGGGCAGAAUAAAUCAGCCACGAAUAAUGCCUUUGCACCUACCGCUCAAGUAGGUAGCGCGCCAAAACUCGAGAGUCGCUUGCCACCACCUGCACGGGCAUCACCGGCGGUCCAGGCUCCGGCGGUCCAGGCUCCAGCGGCUGGUUCUCUAUCAGCACAAAAAAAUGCCUUGGCAGAGCGAUAUGUCGAAAUUCACAAGGAACUGAAGAGGCUGCGGCAGGUCCUGCAGGCUGAAGCGAAGGUGCCUGGGUCACCUCUCAAGGGCAAGAUGGGAACCUAUCGAAGAGAGAUCCGAGUCUCUAUUGGACAGCUUACCGCUGGCAAAGGUGCCAACGCGCAACCCAUUCAAAAAAUCACAACGGCACUAAAGGAAUCUCUGGAGGGCAGAGUACCCAGCGCUCCCAUUGAAGUAAGCCGGUUCAUCGUAGGGCAAAGGCAGCCAGUCGAAGGCGCCUUAAAUAACGACAACACGCUACCUUCUCUCUUCAUCUACCUCUUAAACAUUUGCGCUAAGGGCAUCAUAAACCAAUUCAUCAACGAGUGCAGUGCCAACCCAAAGGCUGCAGAUCCAAUCGGCGUUUUCACCGCCCAUAUAUUUUCUCAGAAAGACUUUUUAUGGCGCGGCGAAUCACUAAUUGACAUCCUCAUGGCCAAGUUCCGAGUUGUUUGUCCGGUCUUGUUUGGCUUGAGGGGAAGUGACAAGACUGAAAGGGGUAGACUAGCCAUAGGAUGGAAAAAAGAUGGCCCUGGGUAUGUCACCGAGCAGACUCACAACGACAGAAUGACUGGUCUGGGAGCUGGCUUCGCUUCGAUCUCUCUUCGCGACUUUAGCAAGACGGCUAAAGCAAAUCCAUAUCCACCGGUCAACUACUGGAAGGCACUGGCUGGCAUUGUCAACUCCCCUCCGAAUGAGACUUCGAAUACACAGUAUGUGGUUUUAAGAGCGAUGAUUGAAGGGCACGAGCAGCGGUUUUUGAAUUUCUACGGAAAUGCGGCCAUUGCCGCGUUGCGCCUCGCUCUAAUCGACUUUCCAAAGAGAGCGCCUGCGAACGCUUCCGCAGCACAGUCAUUACGAGCUAUGGUGGAGCUACUUCGCACCGAAGGACUUGUUCUAAGCUGA